AUGGCUGAUAUCGAAAUCGGCACGCAGGCCGCACUGCACCUACAGGACAAAUUAGGUGCCACGUCCCUGCUCGAGGCCAAGAAAGCAUCCGAUGCCGAGCACGAGGAGUCUACUUGGGUUGCCCUAAAGAGAAACCGCAAGGCUGUGCUUUGGUCGCUCAUGGUUUCCAUGUCCGUGGUUAUGGAGGGCUAUGACACAAUCCUCAUCAGCAAUUUUAUCGGCUAUCCUAGCUUCGCAAAGAAAUAUGGAAAUUAUUAUGGCCCUGAUAGGGGCUACCUCAUCUCCACGCCGUGGCAGCAAGGAAUCAGCAUGGGCAGCACGGUCGGCGCCAUCUUCGGCGGCAUCAUGAACGGUCAGUUGUGCACACGGUUUGGCUACAGAAAAGUCAUGUGCAUCUCCUUGGUUUUCAUGGCUGCGUUUAUCUUCAUCACCUUCUUCGCCAACUCUCUCGCUGUACUACUCGUCGGCCAAAUCUUGUGCGGCUUCUCUUGGGGUGUUUUCGCCACCGUCGGUCCGUCUUAUGCCUCCGAAGUGUGUCCGACCAACCUGCGCGCGUACCUGACGACUUACGUGAAUCUCUGCUGGGCCAUCGGACAGUUGAUUGCUGCCGGUGUCAUGGAAAGCCUGAUUAACCGCUCGGAUCAGUGGUCCUACCGCAUCCCUUUCGCCAUUCAGUGGCUUUGGCCUUUGCCUUUAACUAUUGGCUGCUACCUCAUGCCAGAGAGCCCUUGGUACCUUGUCGGCCGCGAUCGAAUUGAAGAAGCCAAACAGAGCCUCCGUCGGCUUACAUCCGACCGCACCAACGAUCAGCUUAACGGCCAGCUGGCCAUGAUUCUUCACACAAUCAAGAUGGAAUCUGAAGUCACAGCCGGCACUAGUUACUUGGAGUGCUUCAAGGGCAGCGACUUGCGGCGCACCGAGAUUGCUUGCCUUGCCUUUGCAGGUCAGAUCCUCUCUGGCAGCACGUUUGCAUAUGUCCCAACAUACUUCUUUGAAAAUGCCGGCCUUAGUCCCGAUGACGCGUAUAAGCUGAAUCUUGGCACCACUUCGAUUGCCUUUGUGGGCACCAUACUGUCUUGGUGGCUUAUUGCCUAUAUUGGCCGCCGCUCGAUUUACCUUGGUGGCCAGGUUAUCACGCUCGUAUUGCUUUUACUCAUCGGUAUCGUCAGUGUGUCUUCUCACACCAAGGGCGCUCUGUGGGCGCAGUCUGCCCUGUGCAUCCUCUGGGUACUGUGUUACGCGAUGACUUUGGGCCCUAUCGCCUACUCGUUUAUCGCAGAAAUCUCCUCCGCCCGCCUUCGACCAUUGACAGUGUGUCUCGCACGUACAUUCUAUCAGAUUGUCAACAUCUUCUCGCAGGUUGUCGAGCCGCAGUUUAUGAAUCCCACAGCGCUUAAUGCCAAGGGUAAGACUGCGUUCUUUUGGGCCGGUACGGGUGUGCUUAUGCUGGUCUGGGCUUAUUUCCGUCUUCCGGAACCAAAUGGCCGCACUUACGAAGAGCUUGACAUUCUGUUUCGCCGCGGUGUUUCUGCACGCAAGUUUACAAUUGAGAAGGUCGAUGCUUACGAGGAGGUAAACAACCUGACAAAGAUGGAGGAGGUAGUGGAGCACCAAGAAGACGCGACACAAAUCAAGUCGAGGUAG